UCGGUGCGCAUGCGCACACUCAGUUCCCAGCGCGGUGUCAAUGUGGGGCGAAAAGCAGCAGAUCUGAACGCUUGCAGAAGAUUUUACACUCGGGUUCAAGGCUUUUAAACAUCGGAUCGCGUGUUUUAUCGUUGUUUAAACAGAGGAAACAUCAUGACGAGCAGCUCAAAGCGGAAAGACGAGGUUCAUGUGGUCAAUGGUGGAGUGAAGCAGUCCUCAUGGAGCAAAGCUAUCAGCUGUAAAGCAGUGUGGGAAGAGAAGGAUGAGUUUUUAGAUGUGGUCUACUGGUUCCGCCAAAUCAUCGCAGUCAUACUGGGCGUAAUAUGGGGUGUGGCUCCUCUGAAAGGGUUUCUGGGUAUCGUCAUAUUCUGUGUCAUCAACGCAGGCGUCCUGUACGUGUACUUCAGCAGUUUCCAGCAGGUGGACGAGGAGGAGUACGGGGGGACAUGGGAGCUCACCAAAGAAGGCUUCAUGACUUCAUUUGCUUUGUUUCUGGUGGUUUGGAUCAUAUUCUACACGGCGCUGCACUACGACUGAGGACCUGCAGGAAACCCAUAGUCCUGGAGAGACUAAGACAGACAUUUUAUUUAAUUUAAAAUGGAGAGGCUGGAUCGAGCCACUUUUCCGAGUCCUCUGUCUAUGUUACCAGCAGCAUGUGUGAGCCUUGAGGAAGAGGUGCAUCAUGGGUACAAGACCUUCUCGCGCCCCCAGGGGUCAUUGAAUUUUUAAGCUAAUACUGUCCAGUGCACUGCCACGGCUAAUGGGUUCAUAACUGUUAUUUCUGUUCGUCCUCUCUGCUUUUUCUGGCUCGAAUGCCGCCGUAUCGAGCGGGAUUUAACUUAAUUUGAUGGUUUUGUUCGUUUCUUUCACGAUUAGCUUCCAACACAGAUUGUCUUACUCUGUUAUGAACUGUCAGAUACAAUAGGAGUGUGUAAAUUCUGUACAAUUCAUUUUAUUGAAUCCAUAAUGUAUUAAAGAAUUUCUUAUGUCUCGUUACUGUAACAUACUUCUCAGUAUUUUAUAGUGUAUUCAUGGAAAUGUGAAUGUUAUGAUUAAUGUACCUGAGGCUGUAGAGAGACUAUUUUCUGGCGGAAAUGUUUUGGAGAAUAAAAUAAAUCCUGGGCAUUGUCUGCCCCACACUUUUCAACAGA